GACAAGUUCAGAAGGGAAUAAAGAAAGCUACGAAGACCCUUCAUUAAAAGAUAUAGCGCCUUUCGACAUAACGCCACUGCAUCUAGUAACACUGAGCCUUCAUCAGCGCAAUCUUUGUCUCACUCUUCCUCGACCAAACAGAAACCAAAUGCCACGUCAGGAGAUACUACAAUGGGCGUCAUGGAUACACUUACCAAUGCAGAAGACUUAUCAAAUUCAAAAGCUGGCACUGACACUGCGAAUUCCACCAACUCCAACCAAACAGUGGUUCAAUCGACCGUAUCGAAAAAAUUAAAUACCAUACAAACGACGGACUCGACUGUUAACACAACAAAAACGUAUCAUCAUGAAGGCUCUUCAACAGAAUCGUUUACAGAUACGACCACUGAUUUUGUUUUACCUAAUCAGAUAAAUCCAGAUGCUUUAGAAGGUGCAGAGCAAACAGGUUCAGACGAAGGGAAUAGUUUCUUACAAAUGUCUUUGUUGGCCAGCGCUCUGAUUUCUCUGUCUUUAAUUGGAAUCAUUG